AUGGCCGAGAAAAAGACUUUCGUUCUCAUUACAGGAUGCUCGCCUGGAGGUAUUGGGCAUUCUCUCGCCAAGGAGUUUAACCGCCAAGGCUGCCAUGUCAUUGCGACGGUGCGAAACACCGACAUGAUCAAGGAUCUCGAGGGCCCUGGCAUGAGCUGCUUCCCUCUCGAAGUCACAGACCCCAAGAGCAUUGAAGCCUGCAAAAACCAGGUCGCCGAACUGACUGGAGGUCAUCUUGAUAUCCUCGUCAACAAUGCUGGCCGAACUCAUACCAUCCCCGCUCUGGACAUGGACCUCGACGAUGUGCGCGCCACAUACGAAGUCAAUGUCUUUGGCCCCAUGUCCAUGGUCCAAAUCUUUGCGCCCCUGCUCAUCGAAGCACGUGGCCUCAUCAUCAACAUCUCCAGCACAUCAACCCUUGUACCCUACAUCUUUGGCGCCAUCUACUCCUCCUCCAAGGGCGCCAUCAACGUAUGGUCCCGCGCGCUUCGACUCGAGCUGAAGCCCUUCAACGUGCGCGUCAUGAACGCCGUCACCGGCACCGUGCGCUCCAACAUUGCCAGCCGCACCCACAGGUCUCUCCCGCAGAACUCCAUGUACAAGCCCAUUGAGGAUUUCUUUCAGCAGCGCUUGACGUUUAGUCAGCGCACGGCGACUAUGCCGACGGAGGUUUAUGCCAAGAAGCUGGUUACGGCGGCUUUGAAAGGUGAGGGCUACUUGGGGGGCUUGAUUGGAGGCACUCCGGAUUGGUUCUAUGCUGGUGGUAUGGCUACCAAGGUGUGGGUGUUGAGCUGCUUGCCUCGAUGGGUGAGUGAGACUGUCAUUGGAAUCUUCUUCAAUAUUGGGAGCUUGUCCAAGAGGAUCCAGGAUGCGCGUCGGAAGUUGAGUUAG